AUGGUUGGGGGGUGUGUGGGGGGGGGUGGGGUUUGGGGGGUUUUGGGUUGUUGUGGGGUGGGGGGGGGGGGGGGGGGGGGUGGUGGGUGUGUUGGGGGGGGUGGGUGGGGUUUGGGGUGGGGUGGGGGGGUGGGGGGGUGGGUUGUGGUUGGUGGUUGGUGUGUGGUUUUGGGUUGGGGGGUGGUUGUUUUUUGUGUUGGGUUGAGUGUGUGUGGGUGUGGUGGGGGGGGGGGGGGGGGGGGGUGUGUUUGUUGUGGUGUGGGGUGGUUUGGGGUUUGGUGGGUUUGGUGGGGUGUUUGUUGGUGUGGGUGGUGGUGUGGGUGGGUGGGUGGGGGGUUUGUUUUUGGUGGGUGGGUGGGGUUGGUUGGUGGGUUUUUUUGUAGUUUGGUGUAG